UUCUCACCAUUCGUCCCGAAGCACCGUACCAAACCGUAGCAGCUUGAACCGACCGAGUUCGAUCCGUUCGCCUAGUACAACACCAUCACAGUCACCACCAACUCAUCCAACGUCAUGAUGUCUCCACUGGUUGUUGUAAUUGGGUUCGUAGCCAUGUGCUCGGCCAGUCCUUCACUGUACUUCAGCGGUCCACAAUACUACAGCGGUUACUACGCGGCCCCCGCCRCCGUGGUCAGCCCGAUCAAGAGCCAAUACCACUCGCAAAACGAAUUCGGACAAUACGCCUACGGUUACAACGACGGAUUCUCCAGCAAAUCUGAGACCAAGCACGCCAACGGUCUGACCGAAGGUGCAUACUCGUACGUCGACCCGAACGGCGUUCUCCAACAAUACAAAUAUGUGUCCGACGAGAACGGUUACCGCGUAUCUGGUACCAACUUGCCAGUAGCCCCAGCCGUCCCCGCAGUCCACGCCGUCGCAGCUGUCGAGUCCGCUGCUCCAGCUCAUGACGCUACCCCGGUCGCACCGGCCGUCGCCGAACCGGUCGUUUACCAGUCCGAAAUUCCACAACAAGUGCAAGACACCCCGGAAGUAGCGGCCGCCAAGGCAGCUCACCAGAUCGCUUACGACGAAGCUAAGAAGGCCGCAGAAGCCGCGCCGGCCGAUGACGAAUCAUCCUCCGACGCCGUCGUCCAGGUUUCCGCCGAAGCAUCGGCCACACCCGCCGCACCUGCCGCGCCCGCCGCAGACUACGUCAGCCACUACGCCCCAGCACCCGUUGUAGCCGCCGCACCCGCUCCCGUCGCCUCGUUCAGUUACCACCCAGCCACCGCUUACGCCACUUACCCGUCGUACGCCGCCGUCCCGGCCCAUGCCCCGAUCGCGUCCUACGCUUACGGUCCAGUCGCGUCCUACGCAUAUGCCGCCGCCCCGGCCCCGUCUUACGCUUACACCGCCCCAUUCGCCUCGGGAUCGUACUCACCGGUGCACAGCCAGUACCACUCCCAAGACGAGUUCGGUCAGUACUCGUACGGUUACAACAGUGGUUCGUCGUCAAAGGCCGAAGUCAAGACCCUCGACGGCGUGACCCGCGGAGGUUACUCGUACGUUGACGCCAACGGACAGGUCCAACACUACAACUACGUUUCCGACCCGGUCAACGGUUUCCGCGUCGCCGGCACCAAUCUGCCAGCAGCCAACGCUUUGUAAGCAAACCGACCGGCUGCCAAAGUAUAUUUCCACGAAAACUCUAAACCGCCCCCUCCCCUGACCCCCCGCGAACACCGAUCUACCACAACCCCAUUAACCCCAUCACGCUGCUACGUUGUUUUUAGGUACCGGAUGUCAACUUUAAUGUCGUUUUCGUGUACGAUACGAUACUAUAAUUGUGCAGAGAUGUCACGUAAUUACGUAUCUUCGCGCACCACUUGUGUAUAUAACGUGCGUAAACGAAUAUGAUAUUAUAUACUAUUAAUAAACGCGUGUUUAUGACUCUUUGUCGAGUUUUGUACAGGCUCCCCUCCAAAAUGGUCAACGGUCCCAGGAGGGGGGGCGCGACGUUACCGAGGAUCGUCGGAUCCGUUUGCCGCUCGAC